AUGGCCACCAUCACAGCUACUCCUGCUGCGGAUGGCAGCUCGAGCACAGCCAAGACUCCCGCUCAGUUGAUGAAAGAACAGCAUGAGGCUGCGGAGGUGCAUCGGGUUACAGUUGAAGAAGUCCCGGACGAAGAUGAUAUUGAGCAUCCUCCUCCUCCGCAUCAACAUGUUGAAGAGACGAAAGAUACCACAGUCACCUCGAACGGCACAACCGAGCCUCCCUUGUCGGAGAAGGCUGCAGGCAAGCAGAAAGCCUCUGACAAGCCCAGCGUUCUCGACACGCAGUCCGACGAGGCGUUCCCCGCCUUGGGAGCUGCAUCCAAACCACCCGUCUUUUCCUCCGGCUGGGUUGCAAGUGCCUCUGCCAAAGCUCCUCCCACAAACGGCACACCAGCUGUUGGGCCCCGACCAACUUCGUCCGGCGCUGGCACCCCCACCUCGGCCCCAGGAGCCAGGACCCCGGUCACCACCGCUGCCGGCGCUCGUGGCAAUGUGCUGCUACCCGGAAGAUAUCGCGACUCGUUCGAAAUUGACAACGCCGACCUGGACAGGAACAAGCCUGUGAAGAGAAUCCUGGACGAUGUCAAGAAGAAGUUUAAUGUCAUUGUCACGCCCAAGCCGACCAACUUCGCAACCCGGACAGAAUUCAUUGCGGAAGGUCCCAAAGCCCGUGUCACCGAGGCGUUGAUGUACGUGUCGAAAGAACUGACGCUGGAGAAACAAGUCAAACUCGAGAUACCCUCCACCGUGUCGGCGCAGAUCAUCGGCAAGGGCGGCGCGAACAUCAAGAAGCUCGAAACCCAGUUUAAUGUGAGGAUCCGGAUCGACCGAGAUACCAGACCAGCAACAAAUGCCGAAGAAGUGAGAACCGAUGUCGUUGAGAUCCGCGGCAAUGCAGCUCAAGUUCGACAAGUUUACGAGCAAAUCUCCAACCAGGUUAAAGCGCUUCAGCCAAAGGUCGAUCUUCCUGUCCGUGAUAUACCCCCAGAAUUCUAUCCGUUCAUUGCUGGGCAAUAUGCGGACCGUCUCCGACAAUUGGAACAGGAUCGCGAUCUCCGUAUCAACGUGCCCCAGUACCACACGUGGCAACAACAACCACCACCCCGACCUGCCGAGGACGACCGACCUGCUUUGUUUGUGCCCCACGGGGACAGCCAUAUUGUGAUUUCCGGUGAACAAGCCGCGGCGUUGGAAGCCCGUACUUUGCUCGAGCAGCUGGCUGGCGAGCUCCAGAAAAAGCUUUUGCUCGAAGAAGUGGCCGCCGAACAGAUUCUCCAUCCUUACAUUGUAGGUGAUCGUGGUAUGGAUCCUCUAAAGUUCUUGGAAGAGACCGGCUGUGUGGUCAUUCUUCCUCCUGCCAACGAAGAAACCGAGGAGAUACACAUCAUCGGGCCGAAGGACAAGCUCAGUGCUGGCCGAAACCUGGCUGAGGAGCUCAUGUCUCGAAAGCACAACCGAGCGGUCGAUAUGCACAAGCACUUCCAUGACGCUCCACAGGGCCCCGAGCGCCAUUCCAGGGCACUCGCUCAAUACUUGCAGCAGAAGGCUAUCGAGCGGGACUUUAUGAACUCGCACGGCGCCGAAGUCGUUUUUCCUCAGAGUUCGAAUGCUUCCUCAAGCUGGAGUGUCAUUAGCAGUGACCCUCAGAAGGCGCUUUCGGCGCGCAAUGAGCUGUCCAAGAUUGCCCAAGCGUACCCCACGCCCAGACUGCAACUUGUGGAGGUUGAUCCCUUCUUCCAUCCCCAUCUCGAAAAGAUGCACGGAUCGCGGUUGAAGGAGAACCUGGGGGUUCACAUGAUCGUACCCAAAGACGGCUCUGAUCCAGUUAUCCUCGUUUAUGAAGGUCCUUCGCAAAGCGGACCAUUUUCGAUCCCGCGAGCAAAACCCACCAAAGGCGACAUUGCCAACUUCGAGAAAGCUUUACAGGAAGCUCAAGCGCAACUGCUAAGCAACAUUCCACAUCAAGGAAUAUCCGUCCAGGACAUCCACGUGCCCAAAAAGUUCCAGGACAAGGUCCGGAAAUUUGUGAAAAACGAACCCAGACCUUCUCCCCCCGAAGCUUUCCCUGUGCAAGUCGACUUUGGCGCCCCUAGAGGACAGCAUCAAGCCAACGGCCUCUCCCGGGGCUCGCCGUCCGAGAGAGUUUACUUGAGAGGGCCCAGCGAGGCGGACAUUGCAGAACUGCGUGGCAAGAUUGAAUCUUACCUGAAGGAAGUCGAGCAGGACGAGAAGGAACGCGGUUAUACCACGACAUUUGCAUUCCCCGCUCAAUUUAACAAGAACUUGAUCGGAAAACAGGGCGCGAACAUCAUCGCUCUUCGUGAGAAGCACGAUGUCGAGAUCGACACUCGAGAGCCGGGCAAGGUCACCAUCCAAGGGCCGCAGAAAAAGGCUGAAGCUUGCAAGGCCGAGAUCCAGCGAUUGGCCAAACAGUGGGAAGACGAGGUCAGUUUCGCCAUCAAGAUCGAUCCCAAGUAUCACGGCAUGCUGGUGGGCCGCAGUGGAGAGAAUCUCCAAAAGAUCCAAAACAAGGUGGAUAACGCAGUGCGAAUCGACUUUCCCAAGACGUCUCGAGUCAGCGACGACGCUUCCGUUGCGGACAAUGCCAGCGACGUUGGUGGUAGCAAAGGUCUCCCGCACGAUGAAAUCAGAAUUCGAGGACCACGCGCGAAGGCCGAAAAGGUGCGGGACGAGCUGCUGAGUUUAUACCAGUACCUGGUCGACAACUCGCAUACGGCAACUGUGUCGGUUGCGCAGGAGCAAAUUGCCUCACUCAUCGGCAAACGUGGCCAGGAGAUGGAAAAGUUGAGAGCCGAGACCGGCGCUCAGAUUGACAUUCCCAAACCUGAUGGCUCCGAUCGCGUCACCAUCCUGGUCAAAGGCACCAAGCAGCAGGUUGAAAAGGCGAGACAGGAGCUGCAAAAGCGAUCCAAGGCCUUUGACAACAUUGUCACACGCAAUCUGAACAUCGACAGGAAACAUCACCGCGCUCUGAUCGGGACUGGUGGUGCGAACAUCCAAAGUAUCGUGGCCAAAGCAGGUGGCACUGGCACCAGCGCAGAACAUGUCCGUUUCCCUCGUCAUGGCGACGAGUCAGACACUCUGGUAGUCAAGGGCACUGCCGAUGUUGUGGACAAGAUCGUGGCCGCACUUGAAAACUUUGUGGAGGAAAGAGAAAACCAGAUCACGGAGAUAGUGGAUGUCCCGGUCACCCAGCACCGAGAAUUAGUCGGACCCAAUGGAAGUACCCGGAAGAAGCUGGAAGGGGACUUUGGGGUGACCCUGAACGUGCCCCGUCAAGGAAGUGGUGAGACAGGGGUCAAGAUUGCUGGCCGACCCGAGAACGUUCAAAAGGCCAAGGAACAUAUCCAAAAGAUCACCAUCCGACCCCAAGGCGAGACGAUCAAUGUGCCGCGGUCUUUGCACAAUAUUAUUUCGAGAAAUGGCGCUCUUUUCCGCGAACUUUCAAGAGACAAUAUUCGCAUUGACCAUAACGGACAGAAGCCGCCGCCAAAGUCCAAAGAUGGCCAUCGCGGGCCUCGGGCACCACCCGCCCAUGGCGACUUGCCCUUGAUCACUGACCAGCCUGGUGAGGAGAAGUAUUCUUGGGAUAUUGUGUCCAACCAAGACGCUUCGGAGGAGGAGGGAGAGAUUCCUUGGGUGAUUUUGGCCGGCAAAGAUGCUUCCGAGGAAACGGUGGCGAAAGCCAAGCAAAAAAUUCAAUCGUUGAUUGAAAAAGCACGAGAGCCUCAACACACGGGAUAUCUGGUCCUGCCCGACCCUCGAUUGCAUCGCCACAUUAUCGGACAGGGCGGCCACACCAUCAACGCCAUUCGCAAAGCGUCGGGCUGUGAGAUUCAGGUGCCGAACAAGAACUCCAGCAAAGGAGAAGGCGACGCCAUUACCAUUGUUGGCAAGAAGGAGGGUGUGGAGUCGGCUCGCGAUCUGAUUCUGGAGGAGAUCAAGAGGGCCGAAGGUGGUCGAGGCACUCACCAGGGUCGUAACUAG